AUGAUGGCAUCAAUAGGGGAAUUCGAUCCUCUCAACACCAGAGUCCCUGCAACUAAAAUAGAAGUUACCGUGUCGUGCCGGAGUCUACUGGAUGUGGAUACUUUCUCCAAGUCAGAUCCUGUGGUCGUGUUGUAUUUGCAGGCUGUGGGAACCAAAGAAUGGAGAGAGUUUGGCAGGACGGAGGUAAUCGAUAACACUCGGAAUCCAGAUUUCGUCAGGAAGUUUGUCCUGGAUUUCUUCUUUGAAGAGAAACAAAAUCUGAGGUUUGACGUGUACAAUGUCGACUCCAGAAGCUGUAACAUUUCCAAACACAAGGACUUUCUGGGCCAGACUUUCUGUACCCUCGGAGAAAUCAUCGGCUCCACAGGAGGGCGGCUGGAGAAGACUCUCUCUGGGAUUCCAGGGAAGAAGUGUGGAGCCAUUAUCUUUACAGCAGAGGAGCUCAGUAACUGCAGGGAUAUUGCUACCAUGCAGCUGUGUGCCAACAAGCUGGACAAGAAAGACUUCUUUGGCAAGUCGGACCCCUUCUUGGUUUUCUAUCGGAGUAAUGAGGAUGGAACGUUCACCAUCUGCCAUAAGACAGAGGUGAUCAAGAACACACUGAACCCAGUGUGGCAGCCCUUCACCAUCCCUGUCAGAGCUCUCUGCAACGGCGACUAUGACAGGACUGUGAAGGUAGAUGUCUAUGACUGGGAUCGAGAUGGAAGCCAUGACUUCAUUGGCGAGUUCACCACCAGCUACAGAGAGCUGUCUCGGGGGCAGAACCAGUUCAAUGUCUACGAGGUUUUAAAUCCCAAGAAGAAAGGCAAAAAGAAAAAGUACAUCAAUUCUGGGACUGUAACUCUGCUGUCCUUCAAAGUAGAGUCCGAGUACACCUUUGUGGAUUUCAUCCGAGGAGGGACACAGCUGAACUUCACAGUGGCGAUAGACUUCACAGCAUCCAACGGUAACCCCUCCCAGCCCACAUCCCUCCACUAUAUGAGUCCCUACCAGAUGAACGCAUAUGCCAUGGCCCUGAAAGCAGUGGGUGAGAUUAUCCAGGACUACGACAGUGACAAGCUCUUUCCUGCCUAUGGUUUCGGAGCUAAGCUGCCCCCUGACGGCAAAAUCUCCCACGCCUUCCCGCUGAGCGGUGACAAUGAGAGUCCAAACUGUGUGGGCAUAGAGGGGGUUCUGGAGGCUUAUUUCCAGAGCCUGAGGACGGUGCAGCUGUACGGACCCACCAACUUUGCACCUGUUAUCAACAAAGUGGCAAACUGUGCAGCAGAGAUUACAGAUGGCUCCCAGUACUUUGUCCUGUUGAUGAUCACAGAUGGAGUGAUAUCUGACAUGGUCCAGACCAAAGAGGCUGUGGUCAAUGCAGCAUCACUCCCCCUUUCCAUAAUUAUCGUGGGUGUUGGACCAGCUGAGUUUGAUGCCAUGGAGGAGCUGGACGGGGACGAGGUGAGAGUGUCCUCCAGAGGACGUCUUGCUGAGAGAGACAUUGUGCAGUUUGUUCCAUUCAGAGACUACAUCGACAGAUCUGGCAACCAGGUCCUCAGCAUGGCCCGGCUGGCUAAGGACGUCCUCGCCGAGAUCCCCGACCAGCUGCUGUCUUUCAUGAAGAGCCGGGGAGUUGAACCGCGACCGGCCCUCUCCUCCUCGCCGCUACCGGAGCUGCACCACCACAUCUGA